CUUGAUUAUUAUUUUGAUUCCGGUUGAUUUUUAAUUGUUAAUUGUUUCACUAUUGUGGUCAUUUUUUGGAAAAUCAAAUUGACGAUUAAUUGUUAAUGAGAUCCCAUUGAUUUCUAGUUUAAACAAUUCGGACAACAGAUUGAGUCUUAUAACCUGAAAAUACUAUUUCAAGUGUAACUGUUGGUAUUUUUUGACAGUUUAUAUCUGGUUGUAAAUUCUGGUUUCAAAUAUUAAUUUGCUUCUUGAAAAUGAUUCGGUUCAUUCUUAUUCAAAACCGUGCUGGUAAAACUCGUCUCGCCAAAUGGUAUAUGAAUUUUGAUGAUGAUGAGAAACAAAAGCUGAUUGAAGAAGUACACGCUGUUGUUACCGUGAGAGAUGCUAAACACACAAAUUUCGUUGAGUUCCGAAACUUCAAAAUAGUAUAUCGUCGAUAUGCUGGACUUUACUUUUGUAUCUGUGUCGAUGUUUCCGACAAUAAUCUUGCCUAUCUUGAGGCUAUUCACAAUUUUGUUGAAGUUCUUAAUGAAUAUUUCCAUAAUGUCUGUGAACUUGAUCUGGUUUUCAAUUUCUACAAAGUCUACAGUGUUGUCGAUGAGAUGUUUCUUGCUGGUGAAAUUAGAGAGACUAGUCAAUCGAAAGUGUUAAAACAACUUCUCAUCUACAAUUCAUUGGAAUAAUAAUAUUAAUUUAGAACCAGUUAAUUUAAAUGACCCAUUAAAUUGGAAAACAAUUGUUUACAAAUUGUGUGUUAAUCAACUCAAUCUAUUCCCUGAACAAUAAUAUUUAUAUCUAUGUUAUAAUCUCUCCAGAAACAAAAUUUUUUAAUCAAAUUAACCGUAAUCAAUUAAUUUUCAAGGGUGAAAAGAUAAUUAUCAACUAUCUUUUAUGUUGAUUUAAUCAUUUACUGUGCUAUUCUGUUUGAUUAAGAUCCAUAUUGUUAAUUAAAAAGUAAUAUUCCAUGUUAA